AUGUGCGGUAUUUUCGCGUGCUACAGACAUCCCGAUGUCCAGAAGUUCAAGCCGACCGCCCUGAAAAUGGGCAAGGCUAUCCGACAUCGGGGCCCAGAUUGGAGCGGCAACCACAUCGCCAACGACACCAUCCUCGUCCACGAGCGUCUCAGUAUCGUCGGUGUUGAUUCUGGCGCCCAGCCGCUCGUCAACAAGGAGGGAACCGUUUCUCUGGCUGUCAACGGCGAGAUCUACAACCACCGCAUCCUCCGCAAGAGCCUCAAGAAGCCUUACGAAUUCAAGACACACUCGGACUGCGAGGUCAUCAUCCCUCUGUACCUUGAGCAUGGCAUCGAUGCGCCCCGACACCUCGACGGUAUGUUCUCGUGGGUGCUCCACGACAAGGAGAACGACCGCCUGCUUGCUGCCCGCGACCCCAUCGGUGUCACCACAUUCUACAUGGGUCGGUCGAGCGAGACGCCCGAAGCCGUCUUCUUCGCGUCCGAGCUGAAGUGUCUACACCCCGUCUGCGACAACAUCAUUGCCUUCCCUCCCGGCCACGUCUACGACUCCAAGACCGACCAGCUAACGCGAUACUACGACCCCAAGUGGCUUGUAGAGCCCACCAAUAUCCCCACCAACCCUCUUGACUUGAAGGAGCUGAGGACGUCGUUCGAGCGAUCAGUGCGCAAGCGCAUGAUGGCCGAGGUACCCUUCGGUGUACUUCUGUCUGGUGGUCUCGAUUCGAGUUUGGUCGCUUCCAUUGCCCAACGCGAGACGCAGCGCUUGAACGAGCAGACAAGAAAGAGGGCUGCUGAAGCAAAGGCCUCCACCAACGGCACAACAACAGACCCCAGCGAGCUUGUUGGUAUCGACGACAACAACGAGCUUCAGACUGAUCUGAUUCUCGGCCAACUCAACUCCUUCUCCAUUGGUCUCCCCAACGCCCCCGAUGCCAUUGCUGCACGCGAAGUCGCCGACUUCCUCGGCACAAAGCACCACACAUUCACCUUCACCAUCGAGGAGGGUCUCGACGCUCUUUCCGACGUCAUCUUCCACCUCGAGACCUUUGACGUAACCACGAUUCGCGCCUCGACGCCCAUGUUCCUGCUUUCCCGCAAGAUCAAGGCCAUGGGCAUCAAGAUGGUGCUGUCAGGCGAAGGCUCCGACGAGAUCUUCGGCGGCUACCUCUACUUCCACAACGCGCCAGACAAGGCCGCCUUCCAUGAAGAGUGCGUGCGCCGCGUCAAGAACCUGCAUCUCGCGGAUUGCCUGCGCGCCAACAAGUCGACAUCGGCAUGGGGCGUCGAAGCCCGCGUUCCCUUCCUGGACCGCGAAUUCCUCAACACAUCCAUGAACAUCGACCCGGCGGAGAAGAUGAUCACAAAAGACCGCAUCGAGAAGUACAUUCUCCGCAAGGCCUUCGACACGUCGGACGAGCCGGACACGCCCGCCUACCUACCGCACAAGAUCCUCUACCGCCAGAAGGAGCAGUUCUCCGACGGCGUGGGCUACGGGUGGAUCGACGCGCUCAAGGACACAGCCGAGGCGCAAGUGACCGACGAGAUGCUGAAGAACCCCAAGCCGGAGUGGGGCGCCGACAUACCGGACACCAAGGAGGCGUACUGGUACCGCUGCAUGUUUGACGAGCACUUCCCGCCUUCGUGCGCCAGCACCGUCAUGCGCUGGACGCCCACUUGGAGCAAGCAGACGGAUCCCUCUGGCCGAGCUAUCGGCGUCCAUGAGCAAAAGUACAAGCACGCAGAGUAA